AUGACAGAAGGGAGCUUGCAUGUGGAAUCCUGCAAGGCCUCCCUGUUUUACAGACAAGCUGAACCGGCUACAGGUGAAGUCAAUCUGUCCAUCCUACUUCUGCACGGCAUCUGUUUCUCAUCUGAGAAUUGGCUCAAUAUAGGUACACUGGAGACAUUGGCCAAAGCUGGCUGUUGUGCUGUGGCCAUCGACCUACCAGGUUUUGGUCAGUCUAAGUCAUCAGUGGCCCCAUCCGCUGUAGGAGAGCUGGCCCCUGGUGGGUUCCUGAAGCAGGUGUGUGUGGCCCUGGGGAUGGGGCCAGUCGUGGUAGUCAGUCCCUCUGUCAGUGGCAUGUACUCCCUGCCCUUCCUCUUCCAGCACGAGGCUCUGGUCCAGGCAUACAUCGCUGUGGCUCCUAUCUGCACUGAGAAAUUCACAGUAGAGCAGUACAUCAGCAUACAGGUGCGUGCAGGUGUGUACACUCUGAACAACCUGAGGAAGCUAGCCAAUCACAAGGUGUUGGUGAUGAAAGGAGCAGGACAUCCAUGCUAUCUGGAUGACCCAGCCACGUGGCACACGGCUCUCACUGACUUUCUCAGUACGUUGUGAUGUUGUUCAGUAUCAUUGGGAUAUCUGUCCAUGGAUGCAACACUAUACGUUGAAUACCUACUAACAUUUCUUUAUAUAUAAAAUCGACUAUGUAUGUUGUUGGUAACUUGUGGAAAGACAUCGGAUUCAGGAUUAGACCCACCCGUUGUAUAAUAUUUGUCAAAAGCUAGUAGGGAGGAUUUGUUAGUGUGAUGUUUUAGAGACCUGUAAAUAGGUUACUGAUGGUAAUAGUGUAUGUGAACUGUGUGUUUGUAGCCUAUACAGCAGGGGUCUCCAACCCUGUUCCUGGAGAGCUACCGUCCUGUAAGUUUUCACUCCCAUCCCGAGUUGCAACUAACCUGGUUCAGUUUAUCAACCAGCAGA